GGAGACACGUUGGCUCUGGUCUCUCAGUAUCACCGAGGCCCGGGACCGGGAGGCUGCGCGUCGCAUUACACCGAGACGAGAGGACACCUCGGCCCCUUCUUCCACAGUUACAGGGUGCCCUGACAUGGAAACAGAGAUGAUUCCCAAAUUUUCGUCAAAGGAUGAGGAGGUUGACUACUGGAAGUCUCAGGCCCUCAAAUAUAAGAAAAGUUGCCAUGAGGCCCAGGAGGAGCUGCAGGAGUUCCAGGAGGGGAGUCGGGAGCUGGAGGCUGAGCUGGAGGCGCAGCUCGGCCAGGCCGAACACCGACUCCGAGACCUGCAGACCGAAAACGAGAGGCUGAAGAACGAAGUGGCCAACCUCAAAGAGAAGCUCGAGCAGCAGUACGCCCAGAGUUAUAAACAGAUUUCGAUGCUGGAGGACGACCUGGGCCAGACGCGCAGCAUCAAGGAGCAGCUCCACAAAUACGUCCGCGAGCUGGAACAGGCCAACGACGACCUGGAGAGAGCCAAAAGAGCCACAAUAGUGUCUCUGGAAGACUUUGAGGGCCGUUUAAACCAGGCCAUCGAGAGAAACGCUUUCCUGGAGAGCGAGCUAGAUGAGAAGGAGUCUCUGCUCGUGUCUGUGCAGCGGCUGAAAGAUGAAGCACGAGACCUGAGGCAGGAGUUGGCAGUCCGGGAACGGACGACCGACAGGAUGUCUGCUCCCAGCUCGCCCACCUUGGACAUUGACAAGAUGGACUCUGCCGUCCAGGCCUCUUUAUCUCUCCCCGCAACCCCCGUAGGGAAGAGCAUCGAGCAUGCUUUCAUCAGCUCGAAAGCUUUGACCAAUGGCUGUGGGAACUCGUCCCUCACACCUUCGGCUAGAAUCUCAGCUCUCAACAUUGUUGGUGACCUGCUGCGAAAAGUCGGGGCUUUGGAAUCCAAACUCGCCGCCUGCAGGAACUUUGCCAAAGAUCAGGCAGCGAGGAAAAAUUACUCCACAGACAACGGCGCACUCAUCAACAGCAACGCCACCAAGUUCUCCCACCCCAUACACACCACUUACUUCGACAAAACCACCGUUAACGGACUGGACCCCAGCUGUCUGACCUCCAAGACGACGUCCAGAACCGUGUCGCCGCCGGGCAUGCUGCCUCUGAGCGUGUGAGGGAUCCGCCCGCCACGCUAACGUCUGCCGGGACGCCGACUCGCCGAACACAGUGUGGGAACAAAGAGGACACUCGUGAGUGCACGAGGGAGUUAGACAGAACGAGCGGUGUGUGUGUGUGUGUGUGUGUUUGCGUGCGCGCUUGGCCGUUUGGAGUGUGUGUUUUGGAGCGGUGAAGGCUCAGGCUGGCCUGGAGUGUACAGCUCGGUGUCAGUGCACAGCUCUGCAGGUUGACGGUCCCGCCUCACACUAGCGCAUGAGCCUGAAGCUGCCCCGUCCUCCGCCUGUACGAACGUCGCGGCGCCGCGCCGCUCUCCAGUCGUCACCUCUCCGAGUGGCACAGCUACUAGGAUUCCUCUGUAAACUGCUCCCCCUGACAAAAGGUCCGCAGCGGACCACAGCUUCUUGUCCCUCCGUCUGCCUCUCCUUGCGUGUCGACUCUAUAAUUGCACAAUUGAAACGAGUUUUUUUUUUUUUCUUAGAAUGUAUUAUAUUUAAAAAAGGGAUAUGUUCCUACUUGGUAAUUUAUAUUUCACAGUAUGCUUUAAAUUGCUGUUUUCCUGCACGGGUGCAUAUGUGAGGAGUGUUUGGAGGAGUCUGUGUGACCGAAGUGAAUGUCUGUCUGACGCCACGUCGCCGCCGUUCCGUCGUCCCUCUCUUCACCGGCUGGAAUCCUCCAGGAAUUAUCAGCCGACUGUCUUUUCUUAGCGAAAGCUGCACAUAAACUCACUGCUCCUCUUUCAUUUGUGCAGCAGUUCAGAAUAUACCUCAGUGGGAUAUCCACUGUCAUUUUCACCAUAACAUUUCGCCUUUAUGUAAAUGUUAUGUUGUUUUUGCCUUUUUACAUGUGUAUUUAUCUCAUUGUGACACGCUGUUGAUUAUUUAUAUGAAAUAUGUAUAUGAGAUGAUUUUGGUUUCAGAAACAUCCCCAUCCUCACACAAGAGGGCAACAUGUCGAGACUUGACCCCUGAUGUCUGAGUUUAUUUUGCGUUGUGGCCUUUGUGUUGUGCUCCACCGUCACUGUUUGUUUAAUGCGUUGCUAAUUUGGAAUGACUGAUCUUUAACAGGUUUGAUAUUCAUUCAACAGCUAGUAUUAGUUAUUAUUUCAUGAUAUGCGAUGUCACUUUGGGCACAGUAGAAGCCUGUUACUGAAAUGUUUUUUCUACAGUCCGUGUAUAUAGAAGUGUAAUUUUGCCUACCAAAUUGUACAUACUGACAUUUGGCAUUACGGUCUAUUUAUUUCAGAUUCUGUAUGGCAUGUGAUCAGAGUUCUACUGUCAUACAGUGGUUAAAGCCAUUGUGUUAAGAUUUAAGAUUGUUUGUCAGAGCUGUUUAAAUAAAGAUUGAGAUGAUAAAUGUG